GAGAGAAAGUGAGAGAGAGAGAGAGAGAGAGUGAGAAAGAGAGAGUGAGAGAGAGAUCGAGAGAAUAACGACAACAUGUGAUAUGUAAACAGUAAUCAUGGCGGAGGCAGCACGCCCGAAGACGAAAACAAGAUUGAAGAAGAAGAAGAAGGAAAGAGAACAUACAAGUAGUAGCUUUGAUGAAUGUAAAUAUGGAACUGAUAGUGAAAAAGAUGAACUGAGUCGUGCUUUGUCUCUUGGAGAAGAUUCAAAUGAACCUAAAAUAUUACAUGACAGACCAAUACCUGAUAAAGAUGAAGACAGCAGUCAGUUUUUUGACUCACCCAAAACUUUAGUUGUUGAUAAAGAACUUGUGGCAGAUAAUGAAACUAAUUUAGAAUGUCAACUUAUAGCAGACAAUGAAACUAAUUUAGAAUGUCAGUUCACAGAGGCUAUUACAGAAGAACUUGAGGCCGUGUCAAGUCAUUCUACUCAGCAAUUAGAUGUAGGUAAUGAAGAACUUGUGAUAGAGCAGGAAUUAACUGCUGCAUGUUCUGAAGAUGAUCCCAAGGAAGUUGAUGAGAAUGAAGAACAAGUUGUACCAUUGUCCUCAUCUGAUAUUCCAUGCCAGUAUUUUAUGGAAGGCAUUUCUGAAGAACAUUUUGUUAAUCAAGAUUUGGUUUCAGAUGUCCAAGAGGAAUUGCAAGAACAGCAAAAGUAUAUCCCCAGUAUUGACAGACCAGUUUCAGAAGCUGAAUUAACAACAAAUAAUGAUCAAGAAACUGGAUCUUUGUCCUCUUCAGCAACCAGAGAACCAGCUGUCAUUAUUGGUUCACCUGGUAACCUUAAUGAAUUAGCUGCAAGGACACUUAUAUCAAGCAUGCACACUGAUACCAACUGUGAAGAACAUUGUCAUCUUGGUAAAUUAGAAGAAUCUGUAAUUAUUCAAAAUGCAUUUCAACAAGAGAAUGAUUUUGAGAAUAGCAGUAAUCGAUUGUCAGAGAUUGAUAUCGACCUCAGCUCUCAAAAUAUAGCAUCCAUUGUACCCGAGUCUAGUUCAGCUGUGCUAAGAGAUGAAGACAGUUUACCUUAUAGUGAUCUCCAACAAUGUAAUAACCAAAUGCAAGAUGCUCAAUCACCAGGUCAAUGUGCUCUUCUUCAGUUGGAUGCAGAUGAUGAAGAAUUAGCGUCAAAUAUUCCUUUAAUGGCUGAAGUUCAAAGGAAAGGAAUGCCACUUAUGGCUGCAACAGAAGCUUAUGAAGAACAGUGUUGGGAUGUUGCUUACGAACAUUUAACUUCACCCUCUGAGACAGACUCUGCUUCAGCAAAUUUGAGCCCAAAGUUUGGUUCUAGGCAGGUAAAUGCAGCUCGUAGUAUACAGCCGUUAACCAGAUUACAGCUGCGAAGUCUUUAUUACAACAAUGAACUUGCAGUUAAUGAAGAGUUAAUUAAUAAUUUUGUACAGGAAGAAUCAAAUAACAGCAAUCAUGAAUUUGAUGAAAUUCUUACAAAUUAUUAUCGGGCAUGUAAAAAGUUGAUAAAUGCUGAAAAUACAGUACGAUUACAGCAAGAAAAUCAUAAAAAAUAUCGUAAAGGUUUAUGGCAAACUGUACAGGAACAUGUUGUUGUUCAAGGUUACUGCAAAGAUAAUUCAAGAUGUGUUGUUCGCCAUUUAUAUGAGAAAUCUGAAAUGGAGCAUAGCCUCUUUGAGAAAAUAGGCAAAACUUUACAGUCUGUGCGAAAUUCCAUAGAAGAUGAACUUUCCUUACAAGCAUAUUCUGCCCAAUUAUCAAGGCUUCAAGUAGAAUCUUACAUUCAUAAUUUAUUCAAAAGCCUACCCAUUCUUCAAAAGAUUCGAGCUGAUGGCCCAAUUCGAGUUCAAGCAAAGCAGAGCAUGACUGUUCUUCACCAGAUUCAGAGACUGAAGGACUGCAUCUCAAUCUUGUUUUCUAUGCACAGACGACCAAUUGAUGACCAUAACUUUGUUGAAAAUUUGCGAAUAUGGACAGAAAGACUAGUAUCUGUGUUACUGAGAGUAGCCUCCUUUGAGGAUCAUUUGUUUCUAUUAAACCAUGUCCUCCGAUGUCCAGCUGGUGUGGGAUCUUGGGCAGCCCAGUACAUACAAAUUCCACUGUUAGUGAACAUUGAUGAGACGACGUUUGUCAGUCCCAGUCUAGAUCACAUGGUUACUGUUUUGGCUACAAUUCUUCAACCAAUCAAGGGUCGUGAACAGUUCUUACAACAUUUAAAUACCAACCUUAAAGAAAGAACAGAAAGCAAUGAUGGUGCCUGGAUUAUGGUUGAUUCUGAUGGCGAAGAAAAUGAAGACCCUAAAAAUGCUUGGCAAUACCUACGGGAAAAUGAUGUUGUUAAUAUGUUAGGACAAGUGGCACUCAAUGAAUUGUUUCAACAUGUUCUUAUGAUGACUCUAAACCAAGAUGGUUCAUGGCAUUAUGAUGUGAAUGUGACUUCUGAAUCAAUAAUGAUGAAAACCUUUGCAUUCUUUACAUGCCUCAUCGAUAUUCUUAGUUGUGGCUUGAAGACAUUUUCUCUUUCUCGAUACCGACAGCUGAAUAAAAGAAUUGGACGCAUGAUCACGCAAAUAAUGUUAUACACAUCAGAUCACUGGUUAAGUUUCCGCCAAUGCAACCAACGUUUACCACCAGCGAUGCUUGAACGAUUACAAGUUGAGUUUGACCAGCUAUUUUUACGUGCUGUCCAUUGUAUUCUUAAUGCUGAAAGGAUGGGGUCUUGGCAAUAUAUGACAGAUAUGCCUUAUGCCAGUGUUUCCCUUGAAACUACAUGGAAACUCAUGUGGAUGUUGCACAUGGGACAGAAUCAAUCUGUACUUCCUGAUAACUUACCUUCCGUUGAACAGUGUAAAGCAGAAUUAAAAGAUCCAUUAAGAAAAGCUCAACUAGCUGACAGCUUACAAAAAAUGCCAAUUUCUGAAGCCAUCUAUCUCCUCACUGCAUUCUCUAAUAUGGUUCAGUGUCGUCAUGAAAGUGAAACAGAGUUUAUACAAACAAUUACUGUGGAAGUAUUUGAGAUUGCGUACCUAUAUGAUCAUACUAAAGAUUUCUGUUCUAAAGUUGGCCGUGAGCUGUUGUCUGCUAUUGCCCAAGUCCAUCCAGUCACCAUUUCAUUUUUGAUUCAUAAACUACGAGAUGUCCGAGGAAAUAUAGGAGGGAUGGCGCUAUAUCUUUUUAAAGAAUUACCCAUGUAUGACUGGCAGUUGGAGAAUGCAGAUUUGGCUAUUCUUCGCUCCUGGUUAGUGAGUACAGAUCUUAGUUCAACAGAACACCUUCUGGGACGAACAAUUCUUUCCAAUCUGAACUGGGGACUUAAUAAAGAGAACACAGAUCUUGCUCUUCCUCUCUGGAUCCAUCAAUAUGUGGCUUGUGUAUUAGUUGAAGCUUAUCACAAUUAUAUAACAUCCAAACACUUAGGUUCAGUCUUUAUGGAAGGUGUUAAGCAGGUGGCGUUAGUAGUGCGUCAGCAGCAAACCAAUGAACAACAGUUCAGCAGCUGGGCUUGGGAACUUGUGUUUAAGCUUCAUCUCCACAAUGAUACCUUGCCACGCCCUUCAUCAUUUGAGCCUUCGACUAAUUUAGUGGACAUGGAUAAUAUUCCAGAACUGAGAAAAGAUACAUUUUUAGCUUCUGUCCAACAAGGAUUAAAAGUUGAUAACCCAAUUGCAAUGUACGUUGCCAUGACCAUGACAAAAUAUGGACACGAUGUUGCUGAGUUCAUUACUCAUGGAAUCCCCUUACUCUCCAAACUGAACAGCUUAUACUAUACCAAAGCUGUUAUACAUAUCAUUGGACAUUGCGUGCCCAUGUUUUAUAAUCAGGGACAAUAUUUGAUAGAAAAUCAAGAGUUCUUAAAAACACUCCACAAUGUCUUACUUGCUGACGAAACUCCUAUGCGAGUUGCAAAAAACCUUAUUUCUUCUGAUUUCCCUGGUGCCAUGACCAAAUUAUUUAAUUCCAUGAUUCUGACUCAAAUACAAGCAACAAAUUGUCCUGCGGAUGCUGUGACUGUCAUUGCAUUAUGGGCUCAUUUGAUGUUGAAAAUUCCAAAAUGGAGUUUGGACAGAAACUGCUGUUAUGUGCUGGACAACCUUGUGCGAAGUGCAUUCCGUUAUGUAGAAGCACUGAAGAAGAUUGAGACUCUUCUAUCAGAACAGUAUCAAUGUAUGUUAGCAGAAUACAGAAGUCAGGGUGUUGUAGAAUCUUUUGUGAAUUGGAUUGCUGCUGGUCAGAAUCUGCCAUCAUUCAUGGAAAAACAAUCAUUACCUGAUGCUCCAUGGCUAGCUUACCUUAUUCUCAGCAUUGAAGGAAAGUAUGAAGAAUGUACACUGUUAUGGCCUACUAUACAACAAGAGCUUUUAUCAAAUACCAAAAUAUCUGUGGAACAAGCCUGGAAGAAAUCUGCUGUCAAACUCAAGUUAAAGACAAUCUCUGCUUUCCACCGUCUCAAUAUUUACCGUUGGGCUCAGCAAGCAGUAGACACUCCUAAUGAUCAUCCUAUAUUGCCUCUUAUAUGGCAACGCUUUUUUGUGCUCUACUUGGGAAGAUCUAUUACACCUGGAAGCUUACCAGAACGAGCAAGCAAUGGAAACCGGUUCUUUGAAAGCCUCAGUUACCGAAACCUGCUGAAAAAAAUGAAAAAGAAACUUGUGGAUGUAGUUCAGCACCAUAUUGCUGUGUUACAGAGUGCCAAAGGUUCUGAAGGAGAAAACACAGAAUCUCCACCCAUGUCUGAAUCUUCCAGUUGCCUUUCUUUAGAAUCUUUGAAAGGAGAAUGUGAGGAAACCGUAAAGAAGUCGUUAAAUACUCAAUUACAUACAACAUUACAAAACUUAUUUGAGAGUUUUCAAUUUUGGCUGGAUGAACCUCGACUUCAUGAAGCUACCUUAUAUCUCCCUGCACUUCCAACACAAUAUGAUUCUGAGCGCUUGCAGAAGAUAUUUUUCUGUGAUAAGAGUCCUUGGAUGGAGUUAAUUGAUAUGAAUAUGCUUACAUAUGAAUCUGUAACGUUGGCACUUGUGUGGACUGAAGAAAUUACUGUGAGUUACCAUCAUCAAUAUAAGCAGAAAAGUAAAACUGAUUCUAACUUCAGAGUCAGUACUGCCACAACUCGAAUUCUGAACCGGUUAAAAACACACAGCAUUCCACUAGGCCCCCCUCCUAUAACUGAUCCAUCACCACCUGUACCAGAAGUGACUGUUACUGCACUUGAAGAGAAGUCUACCCUUAUGUAUAUUAUAAAUACAGAUUUGAAAGUACUCUGCAACCAUGCUAGAAAUUUCUCCAGGCAGGUAUCUAGACAUAUAACUAUGGAUUUAGAAUACCUUGAUCUGCUUCCUCAACUUUACAGCAAUGAAUGGAAUCAGGUCCCAGUAACACUAGAAUGCAGGAGUACUAUCAACUUUACCCACAAGUGUUCUGGUUCAAUCACAACAUCUGUAAGAGUAUGUGAAAAAACUCUAAACGCCGAUAUACAACAGAAACUUAAUGAUAUAGAAGGCCAACAACAAGUUUUAGUACAAGAAGGUUUACUUCCUCCUCCUCAAAAAGUUUGUGUUGCUGCAGUUCAUGUGGAAAACAUUAUCACUACACUGAUUAAGUUGACCCGAGCACGGACAGAUGUAGACAAGAUUGAGCAUCUACAAAGCAUUGGUUGCGCCAUCUUUUAUUACCUUGCUAAUAUGGUUACUAAUGAAACCAAUUUUUACCCACCAACCCGACAGUUUUUUGCUUCUUGUCUUGAUAUUCUUGGGCAGGAAUUUGUUCAGAAAAUGCCUGACCAAAGCCCUGUUCUGUUGAAUUUUGUGCUUGACCAUCCUGACCUUGCAGGUUUAAUGUCUCCUCACUUCUUACCCAAUCUGAAUCCAGGCUGCUUUUUGGCUAUGUAUGAAAAACUGAUUGUCCUUCGUUCAUGUCAAAUAGAUAUGGCUUUCAUGCUGCUAUCAAAGUUCGAUGUGUGUAUUUGGUUAGAGAAACUCAACCUCCCACAUCCCGAAGUUGUAAAACUUAUCGACGUAUUAUCAACAGCUUUUAUCAGCUGUGGAGCAGAACCAAUGUCAAGGGAACUGAUCCUUUUUGAGCUGUUCUGUACACACUUACACAAAGUACUGAAUUCUUGUUUCCACUACUACCUUUCUCAAAUACUUUCCAUGCUUCUGAAAGUUUCAUCAAAAGGUCGACUACAUGUGAAAUGUUGGCAAAUAUUCAGUGAGACUGCUUUCCCAUAUGUUACUGAAUGUGCAACACCUGGAAGUUUUGAUGAAGAUUAUCAACUACAGCAGUUAUCAAACAUUUCUGCCCCUUCAGCAUCACAACUGUCUAGCCACCAGCUCGCACAAAUUCUUGAGAUGAUGUCAUCAUUCUUUAUGGAACAACGACUACUCAAUAAAGAAAGCUGUACAUUUGGUCUCUAUUCCAAAUGGCAUAAAUAUGUGCCAUAUAUUGCUUCCAUCAGUGCUGGUUUUCUAAAAAUUCUAGCAGCUCAAUAUCAUGAAAAUCUUUCAGAAGAAUCACCUGCUCAGGUGAUUGAUUAUUUAUGGAAUAUGAUAGUAAAUGUGUUCAGUCCUUGGGUGAGGCCAUUGAAAGGACCAGCGCAGACUCAAUUACUGAUCCCUUGGACAGCUGGUGACCAUGAGGCUGCUACCAUAAUGGUUCAAAACUUCUGUGAUGCAAUCCGAUAUAUCCACACAUUUUAUAAAUCUUUAUUAUCACCUGUAGCUUACUCACAAACCCAAGACAUACUUGGACGGCUGUGGAUCUUCUAUACCUCUAUAUUAGCAUCGAGAAAGAUACCAGUUUAUUGUGUUACGUUAUUGAAUGUUGAAUUGGCCUUGUUGCCAUGGGAUCAACUUACAAUUGAUUUGCAGGUUGCAGAAACAAUGUCAACUAUUCGUGAUAAUGGUAACAUAGAAAGCUUCCAGCUUGUGAAAGUAAUUGCCCCUCAUGUCAACUGGGCAAAUGCAAUGCAGGAUUUCAUCAGCAAUUACCCUGUAAAUAUUGUAUCCAAGUUUGCUGCACAUCUUUUCCAUUUAUUCUUGCAACUUGCUGGAGAUGAUAAAGAAAGUUUUUUAUCAUUUACUGAAGAAGUAAUACUAAUGUUUAUGAUGGCUGAGAAGUUAUGUUGGAAUUACUUAGAUUCCAAUAGUUUCAGCCAGUCAGUCAACUGGUAUCUACAGCACUGUGAUCCAAGAGCAAUUCUUGCACAGAGGUCAUCUUUACAGGCAUUGGAACUACGCUUGAUUAAAUCUGCCUCAAAAUUUGACUGUGACAGUUCUGCUCAUUGGAACAGUGAAAUUAGUAAGAAGAGAGUUGGUUAUGUGUACUGCGUGAUCCAGCUUCUCUGCCAGUGUUCUUACCAGGAUGAUAUAAAUGAAGAAACAUUCAGUAACAGCAUCCUUAAUAUCUUGACUGAAAUAGAAACAGUUGAGAUGGCAGUUGCUGAUCGAUAUGUGCAAAAUGAGGAAUCCGUGGAGAUGAUGAAAACUGUGUAUAGUCUUUUGAAUAAUUGUAAUCCAGAAGGAACAAUCAGUGAACUAAUUACCAGUACCAUUUACAGCUGGUUAGAGUCCUCCAUCCACAGCAUACUAUUAAUGCCAGCCAUUGCUGCUGCUUGUCGUUCUUUGGCUAGUCUUACAAAUGUUGUACAAAUUUUAGAGAAAUGUGUUGAUGUUUAUUUCACUUCAGAUGGAAGCUUCCAAAAGAGUAACUGGGACAUUAUUUUGUUAAAUAUUCAAAUUCCUGAAUUGAACCUGGCUGAAUUUCUUGAAGAAUGUCUACAGCAAGGUGCAUUCCUGACACUCCAUGCUUACCUCCUACAACAGCUCUCCUCAGCAACUGACUGUAGUGAAGAACAAGCUGUCAUUUGGAAAGUGCUGGAAUGGAGUACAAAAGGAAAAUCUAGUAGUGACAAUGAAGGAAAAAUGCUACUGUGGUGGCACAAAUGCUUUUGUCAGAUGAUUUCCCAACUGGAGAAUAAGACUUGUUCCACUACAGACAUUGCACAGAUACUAUCAGCAUUCAUUCACAUGUUGACUCCAUUGGCUGAAGAUAAAGACACAACUGGUAUCCUUGGAGCUAUUGGUUUAGGCAGAAGGUCUACUUUGUCCAUCAAAUUCCGGCUCACCUGUCGUGCUUUGUAUGUAUUUCUGCAAACCACUCUCCACCCUGAUCUGACUUUACGAGUUCAUCCAGAGAUGUCUAUUGUAUUGCACUCACCUGGUAAACAAGCACUGAAUGCCCUCCGAAACCUUAAAACUAACCGACAGUAUUGUUCAUUGUUAACUACUAUAAACUACUGUUCAGAUUUUGUUGUCAACCCGGCCAAUGUUUUCCAUGAUUCCGUGAAACUUUUGGAAUAUCUAGCACGUUCUUUUUAUUCUCACAAAGGUUAUUGGGCAGUGAAUUUACCUCCACUCACACCUUGACUCUUUAAUAAUUUCAGAGAUAACUGUCUUUAUUUCUUCAUUUACUCUUCCCCAUUGGUUCAACCAACUAAAAUUAAGUUGGUCAACUGAGUUUCCUCCCCUUUUUUAAGGCUGUUUCAGUCCCUCCCUUAUUCACUUGCUGAGGAGGGUAAAAUUUUAGUUACCUCUUUUUUUUAUUAGUUUUAAACAUCUUGUAUACUAUAUAUUGCUGAAGUAUUAUAUUUCAAGAUCUUCAAACGUUACUAUUAUUAACUUACUCUAAUGAGCUUUGGAAAACACUGAAAUAUCACAUCAACUAAAAAAAUAUUUAGACGACUUUUACAAAAUAAGUUAUAUAUAAAAAAAUAUUUUGUUUAAUGUCUAUGACAUUAAUAUAUAUAUAUAUAUGAAAUGAUCCAGCCAAAAUUUAUUUUAAGAAGAACGGCUUAAGUAUGUAUACCUGUAAAAGAUGGGUGUUUUUUCUCUCUUCAUACCUUAACAUUUAACUCUUUCCUCAAUGCCAUACAAUGCACAUGAGGUAGACAAGCACUCAUAACCAUUUGGAAGUUAUUUUUUUCAUAUCUUGUUGAUAGAUAUGUAUAAAAAAAAUAAUAAUCAAUCUGCAAUAGCUCUAUAAUUCUUGUGUGCAGAUCAUGUAAAAUAGCUGGAUUCUCUGUUUCCCUUUUACUUACUGUGGAUAUCAGCAUGUGGUUAUGUGUUUGAAGUCAAUGUCUUAUGAAGGUAUCAAUUAUCAUUUUUAAACCAGACACAACUUCCUUAUGUAUUGGUCACAGACACAUGUCUGGAAAACAUAUCAUAUAUUUAUUUGUCUUUCAUUAAAUGUUCAAAUAUUUGAAUAUAUGUGAAUUAACACAUAUAUAUGUACAUACACACUCUCACAAAUACACACACACACAUAUAUAUAUAUAUACAUAUAUAUGUGAAAAUAUUGUAUAAAAAUACCUUUUGUAUAUUUUGAAAUUCCACAACUGUUUUCUUUAUUUAUUCAUUUUUUUUUGUGUAUGCGUACCACUCGAGUUAUUGUAGUUCUUUCUUUUCUUUUCUGUCUUUUUUUUUUUCUCAACUGUGUCUUGUUUUUAGUUUAAAAUAUGAAAUCUACCUUCAUGCCUGUUGAAGCUGUUCAGUGUACAGAAGUAUGCUAAACUGCCAUUGUUGCUCAUCUCAAUAACUCACUGAGACAAUAUGAUGCAAAAAUAAAUUAUAAGCUUUUGUUAUUGUCUUUCAAA